CUUUCGAGACGGCCUUGCUGACUUUGGGGCAACGAGGAUCCACCGACCACGGCGACCCACGCUGGGUAGUGAACGCACGCAAGUGGGACGCAGUACUGCUCACCGACGUGACAUUCCACCGUGACGGAACACACGACUUGUGGGUAGAUGGCCACAAGUGGAAACUGGUCGUGGAGGGCAAGGUGGCCAUAGCCAUGGGCGAGGCCAUGGGCCAGAGAUGGGAAGCCGGCGGGGCACGCAGCUUUAAGAGCCGACCUGGUCAGGGCCGGGUCUUGGGACUGCACUUCCCCAGGCAGGGCCGCAGGAAGGGCCUCAUGCUGAUAGUGUGCUACGCACCUAUUUCAUCGGCGCGACGAACGGACCGACAGGAGUUUUUGCGGCAGGUGACUGAGGUGAAAGCCCGUACGCCAGGAGGGGACUGGCUGAUAGUUGGAGGGGACUUCAACGCGGAGAUCGGUGCAAACCAAGCUCAACACUACCCGACGGUGAUGGGACAGUUCGGCAGCGGGUCAACCAGCAGAACAGGACCAGAGCUACUGGAAUGGUGCCAACAGGAAGGGCUGGUAAUCAUCGACAGUCGCUUUCAGCAACCACUAGCCAAAAAGUACACCUGGUGGCACCCGAGCAACGGGACGGGUCAUGUGCUGGAUCAUUUCCUUAUGCCAGGUAGCCAAGUCAAGUACAGGGUAGGCGAGGUAACGCAGGAGAGCCGCUUCGGCGACCGCGCAGAGUAG